AUUCUCGAUGCAAUUUGCGAAGAGUGGGGAAAUCUAUUUGAGGAGUCUCAGCGGCGACGUGCAACGAGAAUCGGUUAAAGUUAAAGAGUCGCCUCGUGGUUGUAAAAGGUGAAGGAGUGCGUUCGCGAACGAAAGAUAAGCUAACGUAAGAAAAGAACUACGCGGAAGUUGUAAUUGCGGGGGCGAUUUUAUUUUAAUUGAAUCGUAUUUUUAAAUAGAUAAGAAAUAGAACGCGUAGAAUCUUUAACGAAACGAGAAAGAUUAAAACGAACGAAAUAUCUCGCGAAAUCAAGAGAAAAGAGUGCCGAGUUACGAGUAUAAAAGUUUUUUAAGAAACUCUAUACAUCGGAUAUAUAUAUAUAUAUAUAAUUCGUAUUAUUAUAAAGCAAAAUGCCAUCGGACGAUCCCCUUCGCAACGAACCAUUGGUUUCCGUUGAAUUUGAAGUAUUUGGUAAAGUUCAAGGCGUAUAUUUUCCCAAAUACGUCAGGGAUCUAUGUCUGCAGCUUGGAAUAUGCGGUUGGGUUAAAAACAGUAAAACAGGGACGAUACUUGGAAAGAUGCAAGGACCUCGUGCGCUCAUCGAUCAGAUGUCACAGUGGCUGUCAACGGUAGGAAGUCCCGGAAGUAAAAUUCAUCAUUGUGAAUUUACGAUGUGGGAGAACGUCACGAGACCGCAAUAUCAAGGUUUUGCUAUUCGUUUUUGAAAAGAAAAAAAAAGAUAAGGGGGGGAGGGAAAAGAAAAAGAAAAAGCAAAAAAAAAAACAAAGAAAAAAGAACCACAAACAAAACAAUUCAUUUAUUUUUAUAUAUAACAUGAAAUUCUACUUCGCGAAAUAAUGAAUGUAAUGUUUACCGAUUUAUAAUGGGGGCAUUUGUAUAUGUAUGAAUGUAAAUAGGUAUGUACAUGUCAAUUAUAACAGCUCCAUAAAAAUAUGUAAAUAUGAAUUAUCGAUUAAGUGCCUUAAAUAAAAUAAGUAUAAAGAGAA